UUUUAACUCUUAUUUUCAUACGCAUCUUCAAUUUUCAUCUAUUUCUUGCUUCCAUUGCAUCUCAAUUCCACACAACAAUACACAAUCCCUAAUCCCCAAUUUUUCCUCUCUUUCCCCCUCUUCAAAAACCCUAAUUUCAAACCCUAACUUUUCCAAACCGAAUCCAAUUCAAGAAAUCGAAGAUGGUGUUAGCACAGUUAGGAGGGAGUAUAUCCCGGGCCAUCCAGCAGAUGAGCAAUGCCACAAUAAUCGAUGAGAAAGCUUUAAACGAAUGCCUGAAUGAGAUCACACGCGCUCUUCUUCAAUCCGAUGUUCAAUUUAAGCUUGUUCGUGAUAUGCAAACUAAUAUUAAGAAAAUUGUUAAUCUCGAUGAUCUUGCUGCUGGCCACAAUAAGCGUAAGAUUAUUCAGCAGGCAAUUUUUAAUGAGCUAUGCAAAAUUUUGGAUCCUGGGAAACCUUCUUUUACUCCAAAGAAAGGGAAACCCAGUGUAGUUAUGUUUGUUGGUUUACAAGGGUCUGGUAAAACAACAACCUGCACUAAGUAUGCAUUUUAUCAUCAGAAAAAGGGUUGGAAACCUGCUUUAGUUUGUGCUGAUACAUUUAGAGCUGGUGCUUUUGAUCAGCUGAAGCAAAAUGCAACAAAAGCUAAGAUUCCGUUUUAUGGAAGUUAUAUGGAAUCAGAUCCUGUGAAGAUUGCUGAGGAAGGAGUGGAAAGAUUCAAGAAAGAGAAUUGUGAUCUUAUUAUUGUUGAUACCAGUGGGCGUCAUAAACAAGAAGCUGCUCUUUUUGAAGAAAUGCGUCAAGUCUCUGAAGCAACGAAACCAGAUCUUGUUAUAUUUGUUAUGGAUAGCAGUAUUGGUCAAGCUGCUUUUGAUCAAGCUCAGGCCUUUAAGCAAAGUGUUGCUGUUGGAGCUGUGAUUAUUACUAAAAUGGAUGGUCAUGCAAAGGGUGGUGGUGCUCUUAGUGCUGUUGCAGCAACAAAGAGUCCUGUUAUAUUCAUUGGAACAGGAGAGCAUAUGGAUGAAUUUGAAAAUUUUGAUGUUAAAACUUUUGUUAGUCGGCUUUUAGGCAUGGGUGACUGGUCUGGAUUUAUGGAUAAAAUACAUGAGGUUGUCCCUAUGGAUCAACAACCUGAGCUUCUGCAAAAACUCUCAGAAGGAAACUUUACUCUGAGGAUUAUGUAUGAGCAAUUUCAGAAUAUUCUCAAAAUGGGUCCCAUUGGCCAGGUAUUUUCAAUGCUUCCAGGAUUUAGUGCCGAGCUGAUGCCAAAAGGUCGUGAAAAGGAGAGCCAAGCAAAAAUUAAGCGAUAUAUGACCAUGAUGGAUUCAAUGACUAAUGAAGAAUUGGAUAGUUCUAAUCCAAAGCUUAUGAACGAUUCUCGAAUUAUGAGGAUAGCACGAGGUUCUGGCCGCCAAGUUAGAGAAGUAAUGGAAAUGUUUGAAGAGUACAAGCGUCUGGCUAAAAUAUGGAGCAAAAUGAAGGGACUUAAGAUUCCUAAGAAGGGUGAAAUGAGUGCCCUCUCUAGAAACAUGAACGCACAAACCAUGAGCAAAGUACUCCCUCCACAGAUGCUAAAGCAGAUUGGCGGAAUGGGCGGCUUACAAAGUUUGAUGAAGCAAAUGGGUUCUGCCAAGGACAUGAUGGGAAUGUUUGGAGGGGGGGACAAGUAGAAGUGUGAUCAAAUUUGUACCAAUGAGAUGCUUUAGAUUCCGGUUAUGAAGCAUAGCUCGGCAGGCAAAAGAGUUUAACGAGCAAAUCAAGGUGAUCAACCUUUCAGCUGGACAAUUCUUGGCAGUUGAUGUUUUUUUGUUUUAUAUAAUCUCCUUUGGUACAGCUAUGUUUUAUACUUUUAACAGUAGUUGGCAGUUAACAUUUGGCCGCCUUUUGUACGUAUUCAAUUGGAAAAGGAACGAAUUAAAUUAUAUAAAAAAAAAAAGAAAACAGAACAGGAAGAGUUGUUAAAGUGUAUGUUAUGGAAUUUUCAUCUGCAGAGUCAGUAAAAAUUGAAAGUUCAGUUGCCUA